CCGCGUCGUCUCGCGAGAUUAGGUGCCGCGGCUCUUGCGCUCAGGGGUCCAGCAGUCAGUAGGGGGCUUUGGGUUGUUUUAAGAUGGCGGAGGCGGCUGGAGCUCGUAACUGAACCUUCUGACCGACCAGUUGGCGCGGCGUUGUGAGUACAUCCUCUCUGAGGUCCUGGUUCCUUGAAGUUUCUGGACAACACUUGCGAGGUCUUGCAACAGACUCUUUCAAAUGCAGUUUUCUGCUCCUUUCACGUGCCCUGCUGGUUCCAGCUAGAUUUGUAGAAUCGACAAACUCAAGAUGAAGGUGGACAGGACGAAGCUGAAGAAGACGCCAACAGAGGCACCUGCUGAUUGCAGGUCUCUGAUUGACAAGCUGAAACUUUGUACUGAUGAGCAACUUCUGCUGGAACUACAGCAGAUCAAAACAUGGAACAUAGGAAAAUGUGAGCUAUAUCAUUGGGUGGACCUUUUGGAUCGCUUUGAUGGGAUCCUGGCCGACGCUGGGCAGACUGUGGAGAACAUGUCUUGGAUGCUUGUGUGUGAUAGACCUGAGAAGGAGCAACUGAAAGCGCUUCUUCUGGCAGUGCUCAACUUCACUGCCUUACUUAUUGAAUACAGCUUCUCACGGCAUCUCUACAGCUCGAUCGAGCACCUGACCACUCUGCUAGCUUCUUCUGACAUGCAAGUUGUGCUGGCUGUGCUAAACCUUCUGUAUGUCUUCAGCAAGAGAUCCAAUUACAUCACGCGUCUGGCCUCUGACAAAAGAACACCCCUAUUGUCACGACUGCAGCAUCUUGCAGAGAGUUGGGGAGGGAAAGAAAAUGGCUUUGGUCUUGCUGAGUGUUGCAAAGACAUGCAGAUGUCGAAAUACCCACCAAGCGCCACUACUCUUCAUUUUGAAUUUUAUGCAGAACCUGGAUCUGAAGUAAAAGUAGAGAAAAGGGCGUCCAGUAAUACACUACAUUACAUUCACAUAGAAGAGUUAGAUAAGAUUUCUGAAAGUCCCUCUGAGAUCAUGGAGUCUCUAACUAAAUUGCACAGCAUUCCCAAGGACAAGCAGAUGCUUUUAUUUACUCACAUACGACUGGCUCAUGGUUUUUCUAAUCACAAGAAGAGACUACAAGCAGUCCAGGCCAGACUACACGCUAUUUCUAUUUUAGUUUAUUCUAAUGCCUUGCAAGAGUCUGCAAACAGCAUUCUUUACAAUGGUUUAAUAGAGGAAUUAGUGGAUGUUCUCCAGAUAACCGACAAGCAGCUCAUGGAUAUUAAAGCAGCGUCUCUGAGAACCUUGACCUCUAUUGUUCACUUGGAAAGAACGCCAAAGUUGAGCAGCAUCAUAGACUGCACUGGUACUGCCUCUUACCAUGGCUUUUUACCUGUUCUUGUCCGAAACUGUAUUCAGGCUAUGAUUGAUCCCACAAUGGAGCCGUACCCUCAUCAGUUUGCCACUGCUCUGUUUUCAUUCUUGUAUCAUCUAGCCAGUUACGAUGCCGGUGGUGAAGCACUGGUUUCUUGUGGCAUGAUGGAAGCACUUUUAAAGGUGAUCAAGUUCCUAGGAGAUGAACAGGACCAGAUCACGUUUGUGACGCGAGCGGUGAGGGUUGUUGACCUCAUUACAAACUUGGAUAUGGCGGCGUUUCAGUCUCACAGCGGGUUGUCCAUAUUCAUUUAUCGUCUGGAGCAUGAAGUUGAUUUGUGCAGGAAAGAGUGUCCAUUUGUUAUUAAACCAAAAAUUCAGCGCCCCAGCACUGUUCAGGAGGGAGAAGAAAUGGAAACAGACAUGGAAGUUUCUGACGUAGCCAUGGAAAGCAGCCCAGGUCCUUCCACGUCCUCAGAUCCACGGCCUAUGACCACAAGUAGCAGUGCAGGGAGUUUAGUAAUGCCACGCUCUGGGGUGCAGUGCAUUCCACAAAGAGCAGCCUUGUUGAAAUCUAUGCUAAAUUUUUUGAAGAAAGCAAUUCAGGAUCCGGCUUUCUCAGACGGAAUUCGUCAUGUGAUGGAUGGAACUCUUCCAACAUCCCUGAAACACAUAAUCAGUAAUGCAGAAUAUUACGGACCUUCCCUCUUCUUGCUGGCUACCGAAGUGGUAACGGUCUUCGUGUUUCAAGAGCCCUCUCUACUCUCCUCUCUCCAAGACAAUGGUUUGACAGAUGUGAUGCUGCAUGCUCUGCUUAUAAAAGAUGUACCUGCUACCCGGGAGGUUCUAGGCUCCCUUCCAAAUGUUUUCAGUGCACUUUGUCUGAAUGCCCGUGGUUUGCAGUCAUUUGUGCAGUGCCAACCUUUCGAAAGACUUUUUAAAGUAUUGUUAUCACCAGACUACCUUCCUGCCAUGAGGAGGAGACGUAGCUCAGAUCCAUUAGCUUUGACCUCUCUCCGGUCUCCUGCAGGCGAUACAGCCUCUAACCUGGGCAGUGCUGUUGAUGAGCUGAUGAGGCACCAGCCCACGUUAAAAACCGAUGCCACCACUGCUAUUAUUAAGCUUUUAGAAGAAAUAUGCAAUCUUGGUAGGGACCCAAAGUAUAUUUGUCAAAAGCCAUCAAUUCAAAAGGCCGAUGGCACAGCAACUGCCCCUCCACCCCGGUCUAACCAUGCGGCAGAGGAGGCUUCCAGUGAAGACGAGGAGGAGGAAGAAGUGCAAGCUAUGCAGAGUUUCACUGCAAAUCAGCAGAGCGAAGUCGAACCAAGCCAGCAUGUGGUGGGAAACGAAGAAAGAAUUCCGAUUCCUCUCAUGGACUACAUUCUCAACGUGAUGAAAUUUGUGGAAUCCAUACUGAGCAACAACACAACAGAUGAUCACUGCCAGGAGUUUGUGAGCCAGAAGGGUCUCCUGCCCCUGGUAACCAUAUUGGGCCUUCCUAACCUACCUAUUGACUUCCCUACCUCUGCUGCAUGCCAGGCCGUGGCUGGAGUAUGCAAAUCCAUCCUGACGUUAUCUCAUGAGCCCAAAGUUCUCCAGGAAGGGCUCCUUCAGCUGGACUCAAUUCUUUCCUCUCUUGAUCCUCUUCAUCGACCAAUCGAGGCACCAGGGGGAUCUGUACUGCUGAGAGAGUUGGCCUGUGCCGGGAAUGUCACAGAUGCCACGCUUUCUGCUCAGGCCACACCACUGCUCCAUGCUCUCACUGCAGCACAUGCCUACAUCAUGAUGUUUGUCCACACGUGCAGAGUAGGACAGAGUGAGAUCCGCGCCAUAUCUGUGAACCAGUGGGGCUCCCAGUUGGGACUCAAUGUGUUGAACAAGCUUAGCCAGCUAUACUGCUCUCUGGUGUGGGAAAGCACCGUUUUGCUUUCUCUGUGUACUCCGAACAGUUUGCCAUCUGGGUGUGAGUUUGGUCAAGCAGACAUGCAAAAACUUGCCCCCAAGGAGGAGAAGACGGCGAGUACAUUACCCCAAGGAGCCAAAAGAACAGAUGGAGAUGUCGAAACUUCGGCUGUAAAUGAAGAAACAACUGGUUUGCUGGAAGGUAUUGGGUUGGACGGUGACUCGCUGGCCCCCAUGGAGACCGACGAACCAAGCACUUCUGAUCCGAAGGGUAAACCGAAGAUCACACCCGCCAUGGCUGCCAGGAUCAAGCAGAUCAAGCCACUGCUGUCAGCCUCCUCGAGGUUGGGUCGAGCCUUAGCGGAGCUUUUUGGACUCUUGGUGAAACUGUGUGUGGGGUCCCCUGUCCGACAAAGGAGAAGCCAUCAUGCAGCGAGUACAACCACAGCCCCUACUCCAGCGGCUCGUUCUACUGCGUCUGCCCUGACAAAAUUGCUCACCAAAGGUCUCUCCUGGCAGCCUCCCCCCUAUACUCCCACACCAAGGUUCAGGUUGACAUUUUUUAUCUGCUCUGUUGGCUUUACAUCUCCGAUGUUGUUUGAUGAGCGGAAAUAUCCAUAUCACCUUAUGUUACAGAAGUUUCUAUGUUCUGGCGGGCACAAUGCACUUUUUGAAACCUUUAACUGGGCCCUUUCAAUGGGUGGGAGAGUACCUAUUUCUGAAGGCUUGGAGCACCCUGACCUGCCAGAUGGUACCGGGGAGUUUUUGGAUGCCUGGCUCAUGUUGGUGGAAAAGAUGGUGAAUCCUACAACUGUUCUUGAAUCUCCACACUCUCUGCCACCCACCAAGCUACCUGGAGGACAGAACUUCCCUCAGUUCAGCUCUCUGCGCUUCCUAGUGGUUACACAGAAGGCAGCAUUUACUUGUAUAAAGAACUUGUGGAACCGGAAGCCGCUGAAGGUGUAUGGCGGGCGUAUGGCAGAGUCCAUGCUUGCCAUCAUGUGUCAUAUUCUUCACGGGGAGCCCGUAAUUCGAGAGCGCUUGAGUAAAGAGAGGGAGGGAAGCCGCGAAGAAGAAGCUGGACAGCCGGAUGAGAGCGGCACAAGGCGGGAACCUCAAGUGAACCAACAGCAACUUCAGCAGGUGCUCAUGGAUAUGGGUUUUACUCGUGAGCAUGCAAUGGAAGCACUUCUGAACACAAGCACCAUGGAGCAAGCUACCGAGUACCUCCUCACCCACCCCCCUCCUCUCAUCGGUGGAGUUGUGCGGGACUUGAGUAUGUCAGAGGAAGAUCAGAUGCUGAGAGCCAUUGCCAUGUCGUUGGGACAAGAUAUCCCUAUGGAACAGAGGGCAGAACUGCCCGAGGAAACUGCCCGGCGCAAAGAGGAAGAGGAGCGGAAGGCGAGGGAGAAGCAGGAGGAGGAGGAGGCCAAAUGCCUGGAGAAGUUUCAAGAUGCUGAACCUCUGGAGCAAGAGGAGCUUCAUGGCUUCACAGACACUAUGCUUCCAGGCUGCUUCCAUCUUCUGGAUGAGCUACCAGACACUGUUUACCGCGUCUGUGAUCUCAUUAUGACUGCUGUGAAGCGAAAUGGAGCCGACUAUCGGGACAUGAUUCUCAAGCAAGUGGUUAACCAGGUGUGGGAAGCUGCAGAUGUCCUUAUUAAGGCCGCUCUUCCACUGACCACCAAUGACACCAAAACUGUGUCAGAAUGGAUAAGCCAGAUGGCUACCCUUCCUCAAGCCUCCAAUUUGGCCACUCGAAUCCUCUUGCUGACUCUGCUUUUUGAGGAGCUGAAGCUGCCAUGUGCCAGGGUUGUAGAAACAAGUGGCAUCCUUAAUGUACUGAUCAAGCUCCUAGAAGUGGUCCAACCAUGCCUGCAGGCAGCCAAGGAGCAGAAAGAAGUGCAGACCCCCAAGUGGAUUACCCCUGUCCUACUGCUGAUUGAUUUCUACGAGAAGACCUCCAUUUCCUCCAAGAGAAGAAUGCAGAUGAACAGGUAUCUACAGUCAAGUGGUAACAACUGGCGUUGGUUUGAUGACCGAUCAGGACGUUGGUGUAGCUACAGUGCUAGCAACAACAGCACUAUAGAUGCAGCCUGGAAAGCCGGGGAGACUUGUGUUCGAUUUACAGCCGGUCGCCGGAGAUACACUGUACAAUUUACCACCAUGGUCCAGGUAAACGAAGAAACUGGUAAUCGGCGCCCUGUGAUGCUAAUGUUACUGCGAGUUCCAAGAUUACUGAAAAGUGGCAAGGACGGCAAUGGACAAGAACUGAAUAAGACCUUUGAGGAAGGCACAGAAAUUGAAACCAAGCAAAAUGAGGAGAAGGUGGCUGAGACUACACCAGUUGCUGAAAACCCAACAAUAGAAAGAGAAUCGCCUCCUGAAGAGCCUAAAGUUGGAGACAUAGUGAUCCAAGGGCUGACAGAAGAGAUGGUGACUGUGCUGAUCCGAUCAUGUGUUAGCAUGUUGGGCGUACCUGUGGAUCCGGACACGUUACAUGCAACCCUUCGCCUGUGUUUGCGUCUUACGCGUGACCACAAAUAUGCUAUGAUGUUUGCUGAACUCAAGAGUACACGCAUGAUUCUGAGCUUGACCCAGAGCUCUGGAUUCAAUGGCUUUACACCAUUAGUUACCCUGCUCUUCAGGCAUAUAAUAGAGGAUCCAUGCACUUUGCAACACACAAUGGAAAAGGUUGUACGUUCAGCAGCAACAAGUGGAGCUGGCAGCACAACUUCUGGAGUUGUAUCCGGAAGCCUAGGGUCUCGGGAGAUUAACUAUAUUCUUAGAGUUCUGGGCCCGGCAGCCUGCCGAAAUCCUGAUAUAUUUACAGAGGUAGCAAACAGUUGCAUCCGCAUAGCUCUGCCUGCUCCACGAGGAUCUGGAACUGCAUCUGAUGAUGAAUUUGAGAAUCUCCGUAUCAAGGGUCCUAAUGCUGUCCAGUUGGUUAAGACCACGCCUGUGAAACCAUCCACUCUCCCUGUCAUCCCUGAUACGAUAAAGGAGGUUAUCUAUGACAUGUUGAAUGCUCUGGCAGCUUAUCAUGCGCCUGAAGAAGUGACUGAGAAGACCGAGCAGAAACCUGUGGGUAUGAACCAAGAAGUCAGUCAGAUCUUGCAAGACAUGGGGGAUGAAGUGUUCCAGCAGUACCGAGAUCUCACCAGACAAGGCAGUGACUUUGAUCCCCAGGGUAGCUUUGCUCUAAAUGCCCGUGUCUUCACCGCUGACAGUUCAUCCACAGAAACUCCACAAUCUGGGACCCCUCAAGGAGAAACAGCACUAACCCCAGAGGAAAACCGUGAAGGUGGCAAAAAGGACAAAGAGGGGGAUCGCAAUUCAGAAGAGGCAAAGCAGAAGGCUAAAGGCAGCAAACCACUGCUACCCACAUCUACUAUACUUCGACUGUUGGCUGAGCUUGUCAGGUCAUAUGUGGGUAUCGCCACACUCAUAGCAAACUACAACUACACUGCUGGGCAAUCGGAGCUCAUUAAAGAGGAUUGCAGUGUCCUGGCUUUUGUCUUGGAUCAUCUCCUCCCACACACUCAGAAUGCUGAGGACAAGGACACCCCAGCCUUGGCACGCCUGUUCCUCGCCAGCCUGGCCGCAGCUGGUAGUGGUACUGAUGCACAAGUUGCCCUGGUGAAUGAAGUAAAAGCUGCACUUGGUCGCGCACUAGCAAUGGCUGAGAGUGCGGAGAAGCAUGCCAGGUUGCAGGCUGUGAUGUGUAUUAUUAGCACUAUAAUGGAGUCCUGCCCAUCCACUUCAAGCUUCUACAGCAGCGCCACCACCAAAACUCAGCACAACGGCAUGAACAAUAUUAUUCGUCUCUUCCUGAAGAAAGGCCUCGUUAGUGAUCUGGCGAGGGUGCCUCAUAGUCUAGACUUAUCAAGUCCAAACAUGGCAAACACUGUGAAUGCAGCGCUAAAGCCUUUAGAGACCUUGUCACGUAUAGUCAACCAGCCAAGCAGUCUGUUUGGGAGCAAAGGCACUUCUGGAAAAAAUAAGUCUGAGCAGGACACUCAUGGAGCUCCUCGGGACCCGAACAGUAACCAGCCAGAUACAGGGGAAGCUGGAGCUGAAGCUCAGGAGGAAGACCCGGAUGUUUCCCAGGCUGAGGUGGCAGAUGGAGAUAUUAUGGAUGGAGAGGUUGAGACUGAUGCAGUGGUAAUUGCUGGGCAGCCAGAAGUUCUAAGCACCCAGGAGAUGCAGGUAGAGACUGAGUUAGAAGAUCUAAUAGAUGAGCUGCUGGAGAGAGAUGGAGCUGCAGGAAGUCGAGUGGGGGAAGAUGAAUCGCAGGAAGAUGUAUUGAUGGAUGAGGCUCCUACAAAUCUGAGCCAAGCAUCUACACUUCAGGCAAACCGGGAAGAUUCUAUGAACAUCCUAGACCCAGAAGAUGAAGAAGAACAUACACAAGAAGAGGACAGCAGUGGCAGCAAUGAAGACGAAGAUGACAGUCAGGAGGAGGAGGAAGAGGAGGAGGAAGAUGAAGAUGAUCAGGAUGACGAAGAGGGUGAGGAAGGGGAUGAAGACGACGAUGAUGAUUGUUCGGAAAUGGAGCUGGAUGAGGAUUACCCCGACAUGAAUGCAUCUCCCCUUGUGCGCUUUGAGAGAUUUGACAGAGAGGACGAUCUCAUUAUAGAGUUUGAUAACAUGUUCUCUAAUGCCACAGACAUUCCUCCUUCGCCUGGUAACAUCCCUGCCACUCAUCCUUUAAUGGUUCGUCAUGCAGACCAUGGAUCUCUCACAUUGGGCAGCGGUACUUCCACAACUCGUCUGGCACAGGGCAUUGGCAGAAGCCAGCGUACUCUGCGGCAGAUCACUGCUAAUGCCGGCCACACCAUUCAUGUUCACUAUCCUGGGAACAGGCAACCAAACCCACCUUUAAUCCUGCAAAGGUUGCUUGGCCCGUCGGCUGCUGCGGACAUUUUGCAGCUAAGCAGCAGUCUUCCCCUUCAAAGCCGCGGCCGUGCACGGCUCCUCGUUGGCAAUGACGAUGUCCACAUAAUAGCUCGCUCUGAUGAUGAACUGCUAGAUGACUUUUUCCAUGAUCAGAGUACUGCUACUAGUCAGGCCGGCACUCUUUCCAGUAUUCCUACUGCUUUGACUCGAUGGACAGAAGAAUGUAAGGUGUUAGAUGCUGAGAGCAUGCAUGAUUGUGUAUCAGUGGUUAAAGUUCCCAUAAUUAACCACCUUGAAGCUUUGAGGGAUGAGGAGCUGGAGGAGCGGCGAGAGAAGAGGCGAAAACAGCUGGCAGAAGAGGAGGCCAAGAUGGCAGAGAAGGCCAAGGAAGAGAAGGACCCAAAGGAUCCAAAUCCUCAGGCUGCAAACUCCAAGAGGAAUGCCUCGUUUGAGCUGAGCCUUGCAGAUCAAGAUGGAAGUGGUCGUCCUGAGAACUUCCCCACAGCCCCAUCUUCUGCUGAGGGCACCCCAACAAGUCCAGAACUUGUUGCUCUGGAUCCUACGUUGCGUGCUCAUCCUCCUGAGGCUGCUUUGGCAGACCUCCCUCAAAGCUUGCACACCGAGCCAGGUACGGAGGAUACUGGCCAAUUGCUCAUGCCGUCUGAUCAAGAGGAGUCUGGACCAGGGAGAUCCAGUGCAGAGGGCGAUGCUACUCAAAUGGAGCUAUCACCAGCACCAACCAUCACUUCUCUUUCGCCUGAGCGAGCAGAGGAUUCGGAUGCUCUCACUGCCGUUAGUAGUCAGUUGGAGGGGUCUCCCAUGGAUACCAGUAGCCUUGCAUCUGGUCCACUGGAGGAAGGAGUUGGGGAGUCAUCUGGCAUUAUUAGUUCAGAGCAGCCUCUAGUGGUCACCACAAGUAUUGCAGUUGGCCAGCAGGCUGUGGAACCUCCAGCUGUAAAUGAGGGUCAAGUGGUGUCUCAGCUGGACGAUGACAGUUCUCCAGUGGCACCCUCUGCUGAAAUGCCUUCCACCAGAGAUCCCAGUGUAGCCUUGUUAGCAACCGAUACUAGUGGUAUUCUGGAAGAACCUUUACCAUCCACAAGUAGCGAAGAGGAGGAUCCAUUAGCAGGUAUCAACUUACCUGAAGGAGUGGAUCCGUCCUUUCUUGCCGCCCUUCCAGAAGAUAUUCGCAGAGAAGUGCUACAGAACCAACUUGGCAUCAGACCACCUGCUCGGGCCCCUCCUACUACUGCCCCGGUUAUUCCUCCGCCAGUUGUAGGUAGUGCUGGUGUCACUGAGGUCAGCCCGGAAUUCCUAGCUGCUUUACCACCCGCUAUACAGGAAGAGGUCUUGGCUCAGCAGAGAGCAGAACAGCAGAGAAGAGAACUUUCUCAGAACACUACAUCUGAUACCCCGAUGGAUCCGGUGACGUUCAUCCAAACUUUGCCAUCUGAUCUUCGUCGUAGUGUUUUAGAAGACAUGGAAGACAGUGUUCUGGCAGUGAUGCCCCCAGACAUAGCCGCUGAGGCGCAGGCUCUGCGGAGGGAACAGGAGGCACGGCAGAGGCAACUCAUGCAUGAAAGGCUCUUUGGGCACAGCAGUACAUCAGCGCUCUCUGCCAUCCUGAGAAGCCCAGCAUUUACAAGCCGCCUAAGUGGAAACAGGGGUGUACAGUACACCCGUUUGGCAGUGCAGAGAGGAAGCACUUUCCAGAUGGGAAGCAGCAGCACGCACACAAGGCCUGCAGGCAGUAAUGUGGACAGCUUGCUACGUCUGCGAGGACGAUUGUUAUUGGAUCACGAAGCCCUCUCCUGUUUGCUCGUCCUGCUUUUUGUCGAUGAGCCUAAAUUGAACACCAGCCGUCUGCACAGAGUCUUACGAAACCUUUGUUACCACGCGCAGACCCGCAAUUGGGUUAUCAAAAGCCUCUUGUCCAUCCUGCAGCGGAGCAGCGAGAGUGAACUCUGUAUAGAGAGCCCCAAGACUUCUCUUGCUGGAAGUGAUAAAAGGGGAUCCGCCAAGGCUUGUUCUUCCAGCCAUGACGGUCGCCCCCUGGAGCUGCUGCAUAAAAUGGAAUCCAAGAACUCUAACCAGCUGUCCUGGCUCUCUGUUUCAAUGGACGCCGCUCUUGGCUGCCGAACAAACAUAUUCCAAAUCCAGAGAUCCUUAGGGCGCAAACACACAGAAAAGCAUGCAGCCUGCGGCUCUACUGUUCACAUUCACCCACAAGCUGCCCCUGUGGUGUGCAGGCAUGUGUUGGACACUCUUAUUCAGUUAGCCAAGGUGUUCCCAAGCCAUUUCACACAGCAGAGGACCAAAGAGUGCAAUGUAGAAAACAGUGAAAACAAGGAGCGGAGUAUAAAAUUGACUUGUAGCCCCUGUCCUACACCGUCUGGUAACAGUGGGGCAAGCAACAUCUCCACAGACUUCUGGGACUUGUUAGUGAAGUUAGACAAUAUGAAUGUGAGCCGUAAGGGGAAAACGUCUAUAAAGUCCGUGCCUGUGAGUUCUGGAGGAGAAUCGGAAAGCUUGCAGUGUAGCCUGGAGGCCUCUCCUUUGGGACAGCUCAUGAAUAUGUUAUCUCAUGCUGUCAUUCGACGGAGUUCGCUGCUUACAGAAAAACUGCUCAGACUCCUCUCCUUAAUAUCCAUCGCCUUGCCUGAUAAUAAAUUACCAGACAGUAUGGCUAAUCCAAGUAAUGCAAUUGCACCCGCCCCUGCCCCAACGCCCGCAACAGCACCAGUACCUCUUCCUGUACCCGCUGUAACUCUGCCAACAGUGGCCAACACAAGUGUUGUGACAACUGUGAUGAAAAGUACAAAGCCUACUGCGAAGUCAAUCGAGUUCAGUGUACCAGACAAAAUGGCCGCUUCAGGACUAACAGAGAAACAGCUGCAGCUCUCCGUGGAGGUGUUAACAUCUCAUUCGUGCUCAGAAGAAGGAUUAGAGGACGCAGCCAAUGUGUUGCUUCAGCUAUCCAGAGGUGACGCAGGGACACGAGACACUGUAUUAAAGCUGCUGCUCAGCGGGGCCCACCAUCUAGGAUAUUCUCUGUGUAAACAGAUAGGUACACUGUUGGCAGAAUUGCGAGAGUACAACCUCGAUCAGCAGAAGCGCAUUCAGUGUGAGGUUCUGUCCCCGGAUGGCAUGCCUGAGGAGCAGCCUCAUAACACCAAGGCAAAGGGCAAAAUGCAGAGCAGGUCUCUCCCCACUCCAUCCCUACGAUCCAGGUUUGACAUUGCAGAGAGUGUGGUCAUCGUGGCCUCGCAGAAGAGACCUCUGGGGGGUAGAGAACUCCAGUUACCGUCUAUGUCCAUGCUGACGUCAAAGACCUCCACACAAAAAUUCUUCCUGCGAGUGCUACAGGUGAUCAUUCAGCUCCGAGAUGACACCAGAAGAGCCAACAAGAAGGCCAAGCAAACCAGCAGACUAGGGGCUGCCAGUCUGGCCUCGGCUAGCAGCAUCCAGGCAGCUGUGCAGCAGCUGGAGGCUGAGGCUGAUGCCAUUAUACAAAUGGUACGUGAGGGUCAAAGGGCGCGGAGACAGCUGCAAACUGCAACGGCGGAAGGUUCAGCUCGCAGGGAGGAAUCUCCUAUGGAUGUCGACCAACCAUCGCCAGCCACACAAGAUACCCAGUCAGUCGGCUCUGAAGGAUCUCAAGCUGCUGAAAAGAAAGAGGAAGAGCGUCUCCCGGAGUUGCCCCUGCUGAGCGAACAGCUGAGUCUGGAUGAGUUGUGGGACAUGUUGGGAGAAUGCUUGAAGGAGCUGGAGGAGUCUCAUGAUCAACAUGCAGUGCUAGUUCUUCAGCCGGCUGUAGAAGCGUUCUUCCUGGUCCACGCAACGGAAAGAGAGAGCAAACCUCCUGUGCGGGACACACGGGAAAGCCAACUGGCUCACAUAAAAGAUGAGCCUCCCCCAUUAUCACCAGCACCCCUCACUCCUGCGACACCUUCUUCCUUAGAUCCCUUCUUUUCAAGGGAGCCCUCAGCUAUGCACAUCUCAUCCAGCCUGCCUCCUGACACCCAGAAGUUCCUACGAUUUGCAGAGACGCAUCGCACUGUGUUAAAUCAGAUCCUCAGGCAGUCUACUACACACUUGGCCGAUGGACCCUUUGCUGUUCUUGUAGAUUACAUUAGGGUCCUGGACUUUGAUGUUAAACGCAAGUAUUUCCGUCAGGAGCUCGAACGCCUGGAUGAAGGAUUGCGAAAAGAAGAUAUGGCUGUACAUGUGAGACGAGACCAUGUGUUUGAAGACUCCUACCGCGAACUGCACAGGAAGUCCCCUGAAGAAAUGAAAAACCGAUUGUAUAUAGUGUUUGAGGGGGAAGAAGGCCAGGAUGCUGGUGGGCUUCUCCGAGAAUGGUACAUGAUCAUCUCCAGGGAAAUGUUCAAUCCAAUGUAUGCUCUAUUCCGCACCUCACCUGGGGAUCGGGUCACCUACACCAUCAACCCCUCCUCUCACUGCAACCCCAACCACCUCAGCUACUUCAAGUUUGUCGGACGGAUAGUCGCUAAAGCAGUGUAUGACAACCGGCUCCUGGAGUGCUACUUCACGCGGUCGUUCUACAAGCACAUCUUAGGCAAAUCAGUCAGAUACACUGACAUGGAGAGCGAGGAUUAUCACUUCUACCAGGGAUUAGUGUACUUGCUUGAGAACGAUGUCUCCACACUGGGAUACGACUUAACUUUCAGCACUGAGGUUCAGGAAUUUGGUGUCUGUGAAGUUCGUGACUUAAAGCCCAAUGGUGCAAACAUCUUGGUCACAGAAGACAACAAGAAGGAAUAUGUUCACCUUGUGUGCCAGAUGAAGAUGACAGGUGCGAUCCGAAAACAGUUGGCGGCUUUCCUGGAGGGAUUUUAUGAAAUUAUCCCCAAGCGUCUGAUCUCAAUAUUCACAGAGCAGGAACUGGAGCUGCUCAUUUCUGGCUUGCCCACCAUAGAUAUCGAUGACUUGAAAUCUAACACAGAGUAUCACAAGUAUCAGUCUAACUCCAUACAGAUUCAGUGGUUCUGGAGAGCGCUGCGCUCCUUUGACCAAGCGGACAGAGCCAAGUUUCUUCAGUUUGUCACUGGAACGUCUAAGGUUCCCUUGCAGGGCUUUGCGGCUCUCGAGGGAAUGAAUGGCAUUCAGAAAUUCCAAAUCCAUAGAGAUGAUCGGUCUACGGACAGGCUGCCUUCUGCCCACACAUGUUUUAACCAGUUGGACCUUCCAGCCUACGAGAGCUACGAGAAGCUACGUCACAUGCUGCUUUUGGCAAUUCAGGAGUGCUCCGAAGGGUUCGGCCUGGCCUAGGAUGACCCCUGCUGCGUAUUGUUUUCUACUGUUGGACAUUAAAGAGAGCAAAAGCGAAACCAAGCCAUGCAUCUAUCUCGCUCACCCUGCUGGCACCGAGAAGAGGGACUUGCCUUCUAAAGCUGCCGUUUGUCUCCGGUCCCUUCCAACGGCGAACCGGCCGUACUGAGAACACUGCUCUGAGGAAUGUAGAGAACGGAGAGGAGCAGGCGGGAUGGGGGGGGAGAAAUGAUAUAGUAUAUAAAUAUAUUUUUUUUCAUUUUUUUUUUUUUUUUUUUUUUUGCUUUUUCUUCAGUUUUGCCUAAGGAAGAGUUGAUUUGGUUUGGCUCUUCUAAUGAGAAAAAACAAACAAAAACCUGAAUGCAGGGUAGGGAAGCUGGUGAAAUGGUUUAAGUU